AUGGAGGUUGCACUACUUCCACCUCCUUCCCAACCAAUUUCCAAUCCAGUCACAGUUGAAGCCGAAGCUUGUCCGUGUAAAGUUUGUGGUGAUAAAGCGCACGGUGUACAUUUUGGUGUGAUGUCGUGUCGAGCAUGUGCUGCAUUCUAUCGAAGAUUUAUUGUAUUGAAUUUGGAAUAUGAAUGUUUGAAAGAUCCCAAAAAGUGUUUGGUGGAUAAUACGAGAAGAAGUUCGUGUAGACACUGUCGAUUUCAAAAAUGUUUGAAAGUUGGAAUGACUACUGAUAGUAAGUUCAACAAAACAAACAACGAGACAGCAAAAUAUACAGUACAUAAAAAUUAUUGUUGAAAAUCCUGUAGAAUAAUCUCCCACGACAUUUAGAUAAUCCCACAUUUCAGAUGUUCAAUUCAAUCGAGAUGUUUAUUCACAUGAAAAAGAUCGGCGGAAGAAGAAGAAAACAGCAUCACCAACUGAUUCAAAUGCGAAUAUUCCAUCAACAAGUUUACAAAAAAGCGAAUUGGCAUUGCAGGAAAAAUUGUAUCGAUCAACCGUUUUUGAGGAGUGUAAAAACAUAAGCAUCCGAAUUGAAUGUGAGAAAAUCUUCCAAUGCAACUAUCCAAACAUGAAUGACGAUUUCGGAAAUUUGAAUCACCUUCAAAAAAUAGCGAUUGGCCUCGACCAAUUGCGAGCUGAUCAAGAUGUUAUCGACAUCAAGUUUAAUAAUCGAUUGAGUUUUGAUAAUUUGGUUCCACAUUGGGCGUGUGUUUCGAAAAAACUUGCUAAACUUGUUAUGCAUUCAUGGGCUUUUCGAAAUAUUGAGUUGGCUGAGCAAUUGAGAAUCUUUAGAUAUGUUUGGAAAACACUUCAUCGACUUGAGAGAUUGCAAAUGACUGUGCAAGUUUUUGGUGAAAAAUGUGUGGAUGAAAAAGUUAGUUUUUUUUAAAUUCAUUUUUAUGUUGAAAAACUCAUGAAAAUUAUUUUCAGAAACUUAUAAUAAAUUGUGAGCGAGCAAUUCAACUUGAUGCUUUAUUUAUGGAUAUUGACGGAAUUUCAAGAGAAAAGAAGCGGUUUACUCUGACAGAAUUUAAAAAAUAUGCAAAUCGAUUAAUAGACGAAGUUGCAAGACCUUUAUGUAAACUAAAAUUAUCAACAAUCGAAGUUGGUUUCAUGUUAUGUAUGGUUUGUCAAUAUAACGAGCAAGAUUAUUUUGGGGAUAAUGUUGUACCAGUUUCGGAUGUUUUCGAAGUCGAAAUAACAAACAAUCUUCAUGAUUAUUAUACAAGUAUUGGUCUCACUAAUUAUGCAUCAAGAAUUCAACAAAUUAUGAAAUGUGUAAUUGCAAUGAAACGAAUUCAUAAUGAUGAUUUUAUUGGAAAUCUAGUCAAUCCUCCAAAACCAUUUCAAGUUCCUCCAAAAUGUGCACAACAAUAA